AGCCCCACAGCCGUUCCCCGCCAGCCGGUGUCCCCUCUGCCCUCCCUGACCCAUGGCGCUGAAGCGGAUUCAGAAAGAAUUAAGUGAUCUACAGCGUGAGCCACCGGCUCACUGUUCCGCUGGCCCUGUGGGAGAUGACUUGUUCCACUGGCAAGCAACUAUUAUGGGGCCUCCCGAUAGUGCAUAUCAAGGUGGAGUCUUCUUCCUCACCGUACAUUUUCCAACAGAUUAUCCUUUUAAGCCACCAAAGAUUGCUUUCACAACCAAGAUUUACCAUUCAAAUAUAAACAGUAAUGGAAGUAUUUGUCUAGAUAUCCUGAGGUCCCAGUGGUCACCAGCCCUGACUGUAUCAAAAGUUUUAUUGUCCAUAUGUUCUCUACUUUGUGAUCCUAAUCCAGAUGACCGUUUAGUACCAGAUAUUGCACAAAUAUAUAAAUCAGACAAAGAAAAAUACAACAGACAUGCAAGAGAAUGGACUCAGAAAUAUGCAAUGUAAAAUGAAAUUUUUUUCAUAUAUACCAGAAUACUGUAAAAUCUAG